UUACAUUUUCUGUAUUCGCUGCCCAAAGCCAAAUUGUUUCUCUGCAAAUCCGGCAAUCUCCUCUCUCUCCUCUUCUCCCGUGUGUCUCUCUCUACAAAACCGAUGUGCGCUUCUGCAAUUCCUCUCCGCCAUUUUUGAAUCCGUAUCUUUCUCAUUCUAUAUUCAUUCGUGUCUGCCUGCGUGUAUAUAAGGAAUGGAUAACGGCACUGUUGUUGGUAAUGGUGGUGAUGGUGAUGGAGCAGAAGGAAUCUCUUCGAUAUCUUUGCAAUCCGAGCCGCCGCGGCAGGACGAAGGAGAGGAACCCUUGCCAUCCUGUGAGGACAAGAGAGUCUUUUUAGUUCCGUUCAGAUGGUGGAAGGAAGCCCAGAAGCCUUCCUCGGCAGAGAUAAAGAAAGGAAUCCCAUAUGCUGCAUCACCUUCUUCUCCAUAUGCUGGUCCAAUGAAAAUAUUUAACAAUAUAUUCAGCUCAGAUCUUGCAUUUAACCUGAGAAAAGAGGAUGAAUUAUUGUGUAAUGGUGAAAGUAGUGAAGUUGGGGUAUCAGGGAGGGACUAUGCUUUGGUUCCUCCAGACAUGUGGCUGCGGGCACUAAAAUGGCACAGUGAGUCCAAAAAUUCGUCAAAGGAGACAAAAGGUUCGAUUGCUGUAGACGAGGAUAUGUCAGUUUACCCACUGCAACUGAGGCUUUCUGUUCCAAGAGAAUCCAAUGCGCUGGCAGUAAAAAUAACCAAAAAGGAUAAUUCAGCUGAGUGCUUCAGAAGAGCAUGCAAGAUUUUUAACAUGGAGUCUGAACCUCAGUUCCGACUUUGGGAUUUUUCUGAGCAAACGACGCUCCUUUUGUUGAAUGACAAAAAUAAAGUGUUGAAAGAGUCUCCAAAGCAAUCAGAGCAGGAUCUGCUCCUAGAAUUGUCAGUUUAUGGCUUGUCAGAUUCUUUCAGAAAUCGAGGAGGUAGAAAAGAGGAGAGCCAAUAUCCUAAUGGUACUUUGUGCCUGAUGAAUGGUGGUUCUACCACCUAUGGCUCAAAUGGUGCUCGAAGCAAUUCUAACCUUGGAAGUUCAUCUGAAACUGGGACUCUGGGCUUAACUGGAUUGCAAAACCUAGGGAAUACUUGUUUCAUGAAUAGUGCUCUUCAGUGUCUAGCACACACUCCAAAGCUGGUUGACUAUUUUCUUGGAGAUUAUAAAAGAGAAAUCAACACGGAGAAUCCUUUGGGAAUGAAAGGUGAGAUUGCUUCUGCUUUUGGAGAUUUGAUAAAGAAAUUAUGGGCUCCUGGAGCUGGUCUUGUGACACCAAGAAGUUUCAAAUUGAAGCUUGCCCAUUUUGCUCCACAGUUCAGUGGUUUUAAUCAGCAUGAUUCUCAAGAACUCCUGGCAUUUCUAUUAGACGGUCUACAUGAAGAUUUGAAUCGUGUGAAGUGCAAACCUUACGUUGAAGCUAAGGAUUCUGAUGGGCGACCAGAUGAAGAAGUAGCUGAUGAAUAUUGGAGCAAUCAUCUGGCUCGUAAUGACUCAAUAAUAGUUGAUGUGUGCCAGGGGCAGUACAAGUCCACAUUAGUAUGUCCAGUUUGCAGAAAGGUGUCUGUUACUUUUGACCCAUUCAUGUAUUUGUCAUUACCUCUGCCAUCGACAUCUAUGCGGACAAUGACACUGACUGUUGUACAAGCUGAUGGCAGUAGCAAGCCAUCCUCAUUCACUGUCAAUGUACCCAAAAACGGAAAGCUUGAAGAUCUAACCCAGGCCUUAAGCACAGCAUGCUCUUUACGGAUCGAUGAAACACUCGUGAUAGCUGAGAUAUACAACAACCGGAUCAUACGCUUUCUAGAAGAGCCAACUGAUUCAUUAUCGUUAAUCAGGGACAAUGAUCAGUUAGUUGCUUAUAGGCUUCUGAAUGUUACUGAUGCUCCUAUCUUUGUGUUUAUGCAUCAGCAGAUGGACGAAUCUACAUGGAAGGCAUUCGGGGUUCCACUUCUAGCGCAUGAAAACAUACCCCAUGGAUCUGAUAUUCGACAAGUGUAUAAAAAUUUGAUUUCCCCAUUCUCGGAUGAAGACACCGGUAAGGAUAAGAGUGGCUCAGAAAACAACGGUGCAAGUGGAGUGGUCGGAGGAACAAACGCCACUAGCAAUAAUUCCGGAUUAACUGACUCCCCUGUGAAUUCCGAUACUGAGGAUCCGGACGUGCAUUCCUUUGCCGAUUUUCAAUUCUACCUGACAAAUGAAAAAGGAACCAAAAAAAUCGCUGAGUUUGGAACAGAUGAGUUGGCAAAGUUUACACCAAUGCCCGAAAGAGUGUAUGUUCUUGUAUGUUGGUCGAAAAAGAUUGUUAAUCACUACAACAUGAAGCCGCUUAAUUCACUUCCGGAAGUUUUCAAAUCCGGAUUCUUCUCGAAAAGACCACAAGAGUCGGUAUCUCUGUAUAAAUGCCUUGAAGCAUUUCUCAAGGAGGAACCUCUAGGACCAGACGACAUGUGGUACUGUCCUAUUUGCAAGCAGCAUUGCCAAGCCAGUAAAAAAUUAGAUCUCUGGCGCCUACCCGAAAUCCUGGUCAUUCACUUGAAAAGAUUCUCCUACAGCAGGUUCCUAAAGAAUAAGCUCGAAACUUUUGUCGACUUCCCCCUCCACGAUCUUGAUUUGUCGAAUUAUAUCGCCCACAAGGACGGACAGUCUAGUUACCGCUACAUGCUCUAUGCAAUCAGCAAUCACUACGGAAGCAUGGGAGGUGGCCACUAUACGGCAUUUGUUCAUCAUGGCGGCGAUAGAUGGUAUGAUUUUGACGACAGCCAUGUAUCUCCGAUCAGUGAGGAUAAGAUCAAAACUUCAGCUGCCUACGUACUGUUUUACAGAAGAGUGGACGGCGACAACUGACUUGAGACGACGAAUAUUGUGAGUAAGUAUGAUAGUGAGAGAGAGAGAGAAGGGGGAGAGUAUAGUUUAAAAUCCUUUUUAUUGGUAACCCACGGCAUCAUAUAAUUUUUUUUCUUUUUGUUUGUAUUACUUACAACUUACAAUGUGAUUGAUAUUCUUUCUCGAGACGAAUGAAAAAACCCGAUAGCAUAGGUUGACAUAGUGAGAGACGAGGAUUAGCUAGAAAGGAAUAACCAGUUUACCGAGCGAAGGCGAUUGUAGCGGGAGCCGAGGUGGUUUUGCUAAAAACGGAUUUGGAUUGGCUUAGCGAGCGCGCGAGAACUUUGGUUUGGUUCGAUUUGAUCAGGUAAAUCUGUUGAACUUUCUUGUAACUGUGUAACAAUGGCGGAGAAUAUAUAAUAGAAUCGAGGUGUUUGUUUAAGUGGCC